GUUUCGGAGCUCAACAUGGAAUCGUCGAAAAACCCUAGCGGUCGCUGUUCUCCUUUGUGCUCCGUCUCUUCUCUCGGCGGCGGCGGCGGCGGCGCGGGGGGCUCGAUCCAAGAUGAAGGUGCUUCUCCUCCUACUCCUCCACUCUUCAAUAUCGCAAAUCCGACCACUGGGUGCCAGAAGAAGCUCGAGAUCGAUGACGACCAGAAACUGCGGGCAUUUUUCGACAAGAGAAUCUCUCAGGAAGUUAGUGGUGAUGCUCUUGGCGAGGAAUUCAAGGGCUAUGUGUUUAAGAUCAUGGGAGGAUGCGACAAGCAAGGAUUUCCCAUGAAGCAAGGAGUCCUAACUCCUGGCCGUGUCCGCCUUCUUCUGCACAGAGGCACGCCAUGCUUUCGUGGGUAUGGUCGGCGGGACGGAGAGCGCAGGAGGAAAUCCGUGCGGGGAUGUAUUGUCAGUCCGGAUCUGUCAGUUUUGAACUUGGUGAUUGUUAAGAAAGGUGAGAAUGACCUUCCGGGGUUAACCGACAUUGAGAAGCCAAGGAUGAGAGGACCUAAGAGGGCUUCCAAGAUUCGGAAAUUGUUCAAUCUAUCCAAGGAAGAUGAUGUUCGAAAGUAUGUCAAUACAUAUCGCCGGACCUUCACUACCAAAUCAGGAAAGAAAUGCAGCAAGGCACCUAAAAUUCAGAGGCUGGUUACUCCGCUUACUCUGCAAAGGAAGCGAGCCAGAAUUGCGGAAAAGAAAAAGAGGAUUGCAAAGGCCAAGGCCGAAGCUGCGGAGUACCAGAAGCUCCUUGCGACCAGACUCAAGGAGCAGCGCGAACGCAGGAGCGAGAGCUUGGCAAAGAGGAGGUCGAAGCUCUCUGCUGCCUCUAAGCCAUCUGUUGCGGCCUGAUAGACCUUGACGUUCGGAUUUUGGAGUAAAGAUGUUAUACUAGAGUGGUAAUUUCGCUUGUGAAUUUUGCCCUCUGGUUGGUUUCUUGUUUUUCCGAUUUUGUAGCCGAUUGAAUCACAUUCUUGUUAUUGAACUCUCAGAUCAAACUCUCUAAAGUAUGUUUUAUUAUAUUAAUGUGAUUGUUGUUAUGCCGCGAAUGUUAA